UAAGUGUGUUCACUUGUACAUCCAACAUGCAUUCACUCCACAAACAUUUUCUCACAUCCACCCACCAAGUGCCAGCACAUUCUGACAACUGCAUGGACAGGGCCAGAGACUGCAGAGGACCGGUCCGCUCAUUCACCACUCCCUCCACAAACAGCCGGCACCUGCUGACCACAGGGCAGGGGACAGAGAUGAGGACACUGCCAUGACUCAGUAAGGCGAGGGCCUGUGAGCUGGGCCUGGGCUGGGGGAAAGGCUCCAGAAAGAAUGUCGCGGCCGUGCAUUUCACCGGGCCUGAGCCACAGCACAGAGGACGGGGAGGGGCAGGGUUUGUUGAGUGUUCCAACCCUGUUUGUCCCGCCCCCUGUGUCAAUACGAGGCUGGCCUUAUAAAGCACCAAGAGGCCCCCGGUGGGACAUUUCCUCAGCCACGCCAGCAGCAGGAAGAAGGUGGGUCCAAAUCCAGCACCAUGACGGAACUGGAGAUAGCCAUAGGCAUGAUCAUCGACAUCUUUGCCCGGUACUCAGGCGAGGAUGGCAGCACACAGAGCCUGACCAAGGCAGAGCUGAAGGUGCUACUGGAGAAGGAGCUCCCGGGCUUCCUGCAGAGUGGAAAGGACAAAGAUGCCGUGGACAAACUGCUCAAGGACCUGGAUGCCAAUGGAGAUGCAGAGGUGGACUUCAGCGAGUUUGUCAUGUUUGUAGCUGCCCUCACGUCUGCCUGUCACAAGUACUUUGAGCAGGCAAGACCCAAAUGACGCCCUGGAGAUGCAGAGUCCUAGCAGGCAGGCCUGGGAGUGGGUCCCUGGCCUCCACAAAGCCCUUGUUUGUGAUCACGUCCCUGGGCUGAGCCUGCUGCUGUAC